AUGGUGAACUCUACACAGGUUUCAUAUUUUAUACUGAGUGUCUACUUCCACACGGGGGUUUUUAAAUACUUGUUCUUCAUGAUUGUCAUGCGUUUAUAUGUGUGUAUUAUAGGUGCCAAUGUGUUGCUGAUUGUGGUUAUCUGCGUGAACAGGAGCUUACAUGAACCUAUGUACCUUUUUCUGUGCAGCCUGUUUGUAAAUGAACUGUAUGGUAGUACAGGGUUGUUUCCAUUCCUUCUGGUUCAGAUCCUCUCUGACAUCCACACUGUUUCUGCUCCGCUCUGCUUCCUGCAGGUUUUUUCUGUGUAUUCUUAUGUGUGUGUGGAAUAUUUAAACUUAACCGUCAUGUCUUAUGACAGAUAUCUUGCCAUCUGUUAUCCUCUGCAAUACAACACACGUAUGACUUCUAGGAGGGUCGCCUCUCUCGUUGCUGUGUCGUGGUUUUACUCGCUGUUAAUCUGUGUUGUCAUGAUAGCUCUGACUGUGUCUCUGCAGCUGUGUGGGAACAUCGUUAAUACCGUGUACUGUGGGAACUACUCCAUUGUUAAACUGGCCUGCUCUGACAUUACUGUAAUUAAUAUUUAUGGACUCUUUGUGAGUCUUUGCACGUUCUUCGUUCCUCUGAUUUUAAUCCUCUACACGUACAUUAAGAUCCUCAGAGUGUGUUUCUCUGGUUGUAAGCAGAGCAGACAGAAAGCUGUCAGUACCUGCACACCUCACCUUGUUUCCCUCAUCAACUUCUCUUUUGGCUGCAGCUUUGAAAUACUUCACAAUAGGUUUGAUAUGAGCGGUGUUCCAAACAUGUUCCGCAUCUUAUUAUCGUUAUACUUCCUCACGUGCCAGCCUCUCCUCAAUGCUGUGAUGUACGGCCUGACAUUUUCCAAAAUCCGUGUUGUCGUGAGAAAUGUGUUGUCAGAGGUCGGCCUUUAA